AUGCAGGAACACUCUCGGUUUGAUGCCAAUCCGAUGCUCACAGGAGAAAUGAGGGACUUCCAAGCCGUAGUCAAUCAUUGCUCUCUCUCGGAUAUGGCUUUCCAUGGUCCGCUUUUUACAUGGUGUAAUAAGCGAGAUGAUGAUCUAAUCCUUAAGAAACUCGAUCGUGUGUUGGUGAACGCAGACUGGGAGAGGGUGUUUCCACACGCUUAUAAUGUCUUUGCAGCUGGGGGUUGCUCUGAUCACUUACACUGUCGCAUCAUGGUGAAGGGCGAUGGGGUUAAUCUUGGUCCAAGACGCAAACCGUUUAAAUUUGUGAAUCUAAUGACUGAAAUGGAGGAGUUUAAACCGUUAGUUGAGUCGUAUUGGAAGGACACACCCCCUCAGUUCUUGUUAACAUCGACACUAUUCCGGUUUUCUAAAAAGCUUAAAGGUUUGAAGCCAGGUCUUCAUUCUUUGGCAAAGCGUCGCCUUGGUAAUUUGGUCUUAAAGACAAAACAGGCUUUAGAGGUCCUAUGUCACAAACAACAAGCCAACUUGGCUAAUCCAUCCUCUACAGCGAUGGAAGAGGAGAAUGAAGCUUACGCUCGAUGGGAUUUUCUGGCUGUGUUGGAGGAAAAAUUUCUUAAGCAGCGGUCCAAGUUGCAUUGGUUGAAAGUAGGUGAAAAAAACAAUAAAGCCUUCCAUAGAGCGGCUACGGUUCGAAAAGCGCAAAACACUAUCAAAGAGAUACAUUGCUCUGAUGGUCGGGUGGUCGUGAAGGAUGACGAAAUUAAGCUUGAGGCAGAACGUCACUUUCGCGAGUUUCUGCAGCUUAUCCCACCAGGUUUUGAGGGCUCAACGGUUGCGGAGCUUGAGCUACUGUUGUUGUAUCGUUGCUCUAUUGUUGAUCAGCAAGUGUUAACCAGAGUUGUUUCUGGAGAGGAGAUUAAGUAG